UGCGGCAGACGACAAAGACCAGAAACGCCAAUCGUGCCACCGCUCACGUGACACUCUCUUCUAGAAGCCUCACUGGGCUGUUGUCGUCGAUGUGAUUCUCUUUCUUCCCCCGCCUUCACUCCUAUCCUCACCUUCUGCCCUCGCUGGAGCUAUCGUGAGGUCUUGAUUAUUCUCGAGAACCAGACUCUGGACGCGCCCUUUUCCGCUCCAGUGUCUGUCUUGGACCGUGGAAGGCUCUACGGAGAGCGUUACCUCGCCAUCGAGUAAUACCGGCUGCCCAACGCUUUGAUCUGCCAUAAAUGGCUGGCGCGCUCGUGCUGAAGUCAUGAAGCUACCUCGUCGUACCAACCAUCGGCGGUGAACGAAUGUUCUUCUUUCCCACCUUUUAGACUCGUAUCUAUUGGUCUGGAAAAUCUUCACGAUGAGUUUCUUAAGCUCCGUCCUUUCGUCCAUUGAGACUGGAAAGCCGGCUGCCAUCCCGCCCCCGGCGCCAGUGACACCGCGAUCUCCUGCGGCAGGUAGCUCUUCUACGGCGACAAAGACAGAUUCCCGCAAAGCUACGCCCGUCUCCAGAGAUGGCUCUCAGAACCCGUCUAUCGCCCCGGUGGGAACAAAACGGAAGGCGGAGGAACAGCUUCAGCGGUCAGAUAAGGCCAACGGGCAACCACAGAGCAAAAAUGCGUCGAUAAAAACAGCAUCUUCACACACGUCUGCGACAGUCAAACCUCGUCCAACGACCGGCACCGGCCCUGGUGGCACUACUAAACCCGGUGAAAAGCCAUCGACAUCAGCAGCUAUGGCGACCUCUCGGACAACGACCCCUGCCGCAACAACCUCAAAACCACCCCCUAAGGGCUCUUUUGCUGAUCUAAUGAUGAAAGCAAAGGCUGCGCAAGAGAAAGCGCCUGUAAAAGUCGGCCUGUUCAAGCACCAGGCCGUUCCGAAGGAGAAACUGAGUAAAUCAGAACGCAAGAAGAGAGCCAUGGAAGCAAUGGCUAAGGAGAAAGAGAGGAAAGCGGGCAAGAAGCCCGGGAUGGCUUCAGCUCCCUCUGCUAACAUCAAGGCCGGCGUCAGGCCUGGAGAGGAGACAGCGGCCAGGCGACGAGGUCCUGACGAGAUCGAAUACAAGGGCACUGCACGACCAACCCAGACGACGUACAAGGGAACCGCAGGCUUACCCCCGCGCCGCCCUGCCACUGAUUCCCGCGGUCGUACAUCGUCCCGCUAUGGUAAACCGGUCAGGCGAGAUGAAUACCUUGGAACGGACGAGGAAGAUGAAGGGGAUUACGCGGAUGACUACGGUGACUACUAUUCAGACGAGUCCUCCGACAUGGAAGCCGGAUUGAGUGACGUCGAGGAGGAGGAAGCAGCCGCCCUCCGCGCUGCGAAGAAAGAAGACGAGGAAGACAUACGGGCUGAAAUGGCCGCGAAGAGGGAGAAGAUGGAGCGCAAGAGAAAGUUGGCUCUUCUGGCCAAGUCCAGGCGUUGAUUCCUCUUUUCGGGUUCGAGUUUCGAGGUUAUUAUUGUUAUCACCACUCUCCGUCAUUGAUUAUUUCACAAGCAUCGGCGAGGGAUACCCUAGGGUGCAUCGCAUGUAUUUAGCAUAUUCUUUUCUAGCAUUUUGGUGCGUAUGGUGUCGACAGAUGGAGGGUGAUUGCUCUAUUUUCUUUUUGUCUUCGGGUAGCGGGCGUCCUUGCUCUCUCGGGUUGUUGAUAGAUUAGCAUACUACAUAGGUGUAUUUCUCUACUGAAAUACCCACAAUCAGUUAAUCAUCCA